CUCACUCAAGGUCAUCAUCACAAAUCGCGAUGAAGUCCCCAUCGUCCUAUCCAGCGGACGGCGAUCCACUGUCUCCGAUAACACCUCAUACGCUGUCUGCCAUGGGAGGUCAUCCCGCGUUGGAUGACUCUAAUGGCGAAGGCGUGCCAUCAUCUUCAAUGCCCGGCUCUCCUGAGCCUCUCUACGUACCCCCACCCGAUAUCACCCAUUCUCCAGAAAUGCGCGCGAACUCACCUACUCCCCUACCGCAUCCUCAUCGCCCAUCGCACUUACGCUUCUCCAAAGAAUUGUCCGAGUCUGAUCUCGAGUUGCCGCUUGCGCCAGCCUUGCUUCAUACUGACGUCGUGACCUCGAAGGAACGGAGCGGAUCACGGAAUCACCCACCAGAGGCUCCACCGCCUUCGGCAGCAGAUAUGUUUUCUGAUUCGCCUUGGGCGCACGAGGCAGAAGAGGAGGAGUCUGGAGAUAGUCCGCGUGUUUACACCCACCCGACCCCCGACGAGUUGGCCUCGCCUUGGGCAGAUCGGUAAACGUCCGUGCGUAUACCAUCCGUUCAUACGUGAACAGAGCAUUGGAAAGUGGGUGAUAUGCCCACAUCCCUCGAUCUAUCAAUUCCGACAAGUUACAUUCCAUUCAUCGUCGCGAGAUUCCUAUCAAAGCUGUAUCUAUAUACUCACGCCAGUUGAGAGUCACAGAGUGAUCAGUCUGGACGAUGAGCAUCAUUGGCCUCGUUCCAUCCG